AUGGAAUUCGUGAACGGCGGUGACUUGAUGUACCAAAUUCAGCAAGCUGGCAAAUUCAAGGAGCCAGUUGCAUGCUUUUAUGCGGCCGAAAUCGCGGUUGGGUUGUUCUUUUUGCAUUCAAAGGGGAUCAUUUAUCGAGAUCUGAAGCUCGACAACGUCAUGUUGGAAAGAGAUGGGCAUAUAAAGAUCACUGACUUCGGAAUGUGCAAAGAGGGAAUCGUCGGCGAUGCGACAACGAAAACGUUUUGUGGAACGCCCGAUUACAUUGCUCCUGAGAUUAUUCUCUAUCAACCAUACGGCAAAUCGGUCGAUUGGUGGGCGUAUGGAGUGUUGUUAUUCGAGAUGUUAGCCGGCCAGCCGCCAUUUGAUGGAGAGGAUGAGGAUGAGCUUUUCACAGCUAUCACUGAGCACAACGUCUCUUACCCGAAAGCACUUUCGAAAGAAUCGGUCUCACUAUGCAAGGGAUUCCUUCAAAAGAAUCCAACGAAACGGCUAGGUUGUGGAGGUGCCGGGAAUCGGGAUAUUCAGGAACACACCUUCUUUCGAAGGAUAGAUUGGUUGAAAAUCGAGGCCAGACAAGUUCAACCACCUUACAAGCCAAAAGUGAGAAGCAACAUUUCGACAGAGAAUUUCGACACAUCUUUCCUCAAACUGCCCGUCAAAUUAACCCCACCCGAUAUGGCGAAAGCGCCGGACGAUGUGUCGAAUUUCGAUCCAGAGUUCACCCACGAGGUGCCCCGUUUGACGCCAAUCGAUCGCUUGUUCUUGAUGAAUUUGGAUCAAACCGAAUUUGAAGGGUUUUCUUUUGUAAACCCGGAAUAUGUGCACGAUGUA